AUGAGGCAGGAUGGGUCGAGCCCUGCUAUGACUGUGGGCCGAGCCCCUGAAGCAACAUGGAUCGAGCCGCAAGCCAAGCUGAAUCAGUUCCUUGCCUCCCAAGCCCUCAUCGAUGCUGCCCUGCGAACAAGGAUAGAUGACGUGAUCAUCGGCCUUGACAAAAUGUUUGAUGAACUCUCUGAGCAUGUGAAAACACUGGAGGAUCAGAGAACCAAAGCUAAUGACGUGUUGGAUCAGAGAAUAGAGCCUGUCAGGGAAGAACAAGACAAAAACAAGUUCAACAUUCGGCAAAACGAAAGGGAGCUGCAAACCCUAACCUUUAAGAUCUAUGACCUGGAUAAGGAGCUGAAUGAGAGCAAAAACCAGACCUACGACUACACAUUGGAGCUAUGGCAAGGCAUAGCAAAGCCUAGUCUAUGGAAUCACAUCACCGGCAACCAAACAGAGUCCUCAAAGAGCCAAGAUAAGGGCAAAAAUGUGGUGGAAGAUGAAGGGUCAAAUACUGUCAUCAUCGAAACUAUGAGCCCAGACGAAUCUAAAUGGUUUCAAGAGGAUCAGAUGGUGCUUUCUAUUCUCCAGAGCUCUCUUGAGCAAUCUAUCCUUGUUGCUUACUCAUUCUCUGAAAUAGCAAAGGAAUUAUGGGACACCCUCAAAGGUGUUUAUGGAAAUAUUUCAAAUCUCAGUCGCAUCUUCGAAGUUAAGAAGGCGCUGAAUACUCUUCAACAAGAGGAGAAGCCUUUCAAGCAGCAUUUUGGUGAAUUCAGGGCUCUCUGGUCUGAACUUGAAACUCUUCGUCCUCCUACAACAGAUCUUGCUACUCUCAAUGAAAGAUGUGAGCAAGAUCAGGUGUUUGGGGUCCUCUUCACUCUCAACAGCUCAUUCAAUGGUCUCAUCCAUCAUAUUCUCAGAUCGGACAAGCUCCUAAGCCUAAAUGAUGUGUGUAUCCAUAUCCAAAAGGAGGAAGGAUCCGUAGGUCUGUUUGGUAAGAAGAGUGAUCUUGUCUACAUCAACAAAGGUAUUUAUCAAAGGGUCGAUCGCAACAAGUUCCUGUGUGAGCACUACAAAAGGAAAGGACACCCCAAAGACAAAUGCUGGAUCCUUAACUCACAUCUCAAGCCUUCAAAUAUGCAGAGCUCGGGAAAUGCUUUAUCUGCAUCAACUACUGAAGAUGACAUGGUGAGGAGGUCUAAUCUUGAAUCUCUUCUCAAAAGCAUUGCUCCUCUCAAGGAAUCUGGUAUUGCGUUUCAUUCCCUUAAACCACAUAAACCUAUUAUCGUUGAUUCUGGUGCAUCUCAUCAUAUGAUUUGCGAUUCAAAACUAAUUAAAGAUAUUAAACCUGCAAUUGGCGAUGUUGUUGUUGCAAAUGAUACUCGUGUUCCUGUGAAAGGAGUUAGUAAUUUGAAUCUGUUUAACAAAAAUUCUAGAGCAUUCUAUAUGCCUGAUUUCAAUUCAAAUCUAUUAUCUGUUCAAAAGGUUACUAAAGAUCUUGAUUGUUUGGCUAUUUUCAGUCCUAAUGAUCUUUGGUUUCAGGAUACUAAGUCAGGAAAGAUUUUCGGAGACGGAUCUGUGAAGACUGGUCUCUAUGUUCUCGAUGAUCUUCAUAAUACUUCUAAUACUUCUACUUCUACUAAUAAUUUGCGGACUGAUAAUGGAGGUGAAUACAUCAGCAAUGAGUUCAAAGCUUUCACUGUUAAGCUUGGGAUCGUGCACCAGACAUCUUGUCCCUAUACUCCCCAACAAAAUGGUGUAGCUGAGCGCAAGAACCGUCAUCUUAUGGAAGUGGCUAGGACCAUGGUGUUCCACAAAAAUGUCCUAAAACACUUCUGGGGUGAUGCAGUUUCUACCGCCUGCUAUCUAAUCAACCGACUUCCAACCAAAUGUCUUAAAGACAUAUCACCUUAUGAGAUUUCCAUAGGAAUAAACUCCAACCUAAAAGCAUCAAGUGCAUCUUCGUCGGAUACUCUACGAUACAGAAAGGCUACAAGUCUAAAAGACUUGGGUUCUUCUGGUUCUGAUCUUGCCCAUAGCCUGAGGCUCCUACUUGAAAACCUCAACCUACCCAAGACAACUGAAGCGGUUCAGCCAUCCUCUUUACCACAAUCUGAAGAAAGUGAAUUUAAGGAGGAGUUAGAUCAAGUCGAAUCCAAUGCCGACGAACAAGAGAUGGUGAUUGAUCAUGUUGACAAUCAAAACCAGAGUACAGCCCUUCCUCAAAACAUCUCUGCAAAUUAUGAGUCUCAAGACAACAAUGGUGUAUCGGAUGAUGCUGAUCAAGAAGACACCAGCAAAAACCUUGAUGAGGAGACUGCUCAAAAUCCGAAUAUGGAGACUGCCAUCCACGAAGCUGACUCUCCUCCUCCCAGACUUGGAUUUUUGUCCAGGUUCUUUAUCACUCCAGAGUUCUUCUGGUUCAAAUGCCUGAGCUUUAUGCUUUCCUCCUUUGCUCUUUAG